UUUUAAGUGAACAAAAUAAAAAUUUGCUUAAACAACUUAGGCAAAGUCAAAAUAUUUUAUUAGAAGAAUCUAAUCAAAAUUUAUCAAGAAGAUCUUCAGUUACAUCUAUCGCAUCAGUAUUUUCUAAUACAUCUGUAUCUAAUGCUGUUGCAGAAUCUUCAAGUCAGAAAUUGUAUACAUCAAUAUCAGAUUCUAUUUUGUUAAAUAUGACAGUAGCUAGCAAUAGUAUUCUAAAACCUCAUAGAAGUAAAGCUAAAAAUAUUUGUAGAGAGUUAAAAUUACAAAAAGUUGUUUAUCAAGAUUAUCUUAGUAAUUUGCGUGAUCUAAUUAAAGCUGGAGUAUUAGAUUUAAAUAAAAAAUGUAAAUCACGAGAUAAAGAUGAAGAUCAAAUGCAAAAUGAUGAAUCACAAGAUGAAAAUGAAGAUCAAAUGCAAGAUAGUGAAUUAGAAAUAACAAGAAACAAAAAUAAAAAUCAAGAACAAAAUGAUGAAAUAGAGAUAGUGUUAAAUAAAGAUCAAGAAAAUAAUAAAAUGUUGUCUAAUACAAAAAAGAGAUCUCAAUAUAACAAGAAGAAAAAAUCACUAGUUACUGCAAAUACUAAUCAAAAGUCAAAUUUAUAUUUUAAUGAUAAUGAUUAUGAAUUAUCAUUACAACAAAAUCUCAAUGUUUUUGAAUAUGAAGUAGUAGUAUCUGAUAAAAAAG